AUGGCACCACCAUCCGAUAUCAUUCUCCAACCCGGGGAAGACAAAUGGCGCCGGUCGUUGCUGAAGGACGAAACCCUUUGCAGCAUAUACCUCCGUCCCAGCAAGGACAAGGUUCGACUGUCGGAAGUCACCUCGAAGGUUCUGGAAGACUUUGAGAACAAGACCCUCCACCCCCUCGCAGCGGGCCUCGAGUACGUAUGGGAGAGAGUCCAAGCCACCCGGUUUUACAAGGAGGGGAAGCCCAAGCCCCCCAAGGACGCUACCGACGCGGAGGCCCUCGUCCUCGAACAAAAGUGGAUCAGUAAUCUACGAACGAACUACUACCGGUGGCUCUCAAAUGCGCGGAACCGGAAUAUAAACAAAUACCUCAAAGUCCCGCUUGUGACACCUCCCCGAUCUCGCUCCGUCUCCGGGUUCGACCUGUGGCGCAAGAGCAAGGAGAGGUACGCCGUGUGCCCCAAAGUCGGGAAAGGCAAGGACUUGAACGAAGAAACGAACAUCAACCUCUACAACGAGGACCGAAGGGUCGCGAAUGAGUAUUGGAACACGGAGCUUCCGUUCGAGGAGCGAGAGGUGUGGUGCAAGAAGGCUGAGGAGGAGACACAGGCGCGUAAACACGCGGCCGAGGGAGUUGCCCUCGAUGCUCGUUUACGCGACGCGGAUGCGAUCCGAUCUUGGGCGAAGGAGUGUAUCAAGGAGGUCAGCAAAACCACUGGAUGGUCCGUUUACAUCAUGCUUGCCGGCAACAACGAGGCAGGUGUCUUAAGCCACGUCGAGGAGUACCACGGUGUCGACCACAAAAACCGUCAUUUCCUCACGUACAUGCUCGAGAAGGCCGAUUACGACUUUCAACAGCUUCAUCUGGAUGAAUACAACUUCUUCCGCAAGGUCGUGAAAGCGAUGGAGAAGGAAGCCGCAGAUGCCCACAAGGAUAGCGACGAAGAUAGCGACGACCAGAACCUUGCCAACCUUGCCCAAAAGGACUUCGACUUGGGCGACGACGAGCUGAACAAGUCCGCCAAGAACAUCCAGCGUGGUGUGCGCAAGAGAUUAGGGGUUGCACCAGUCGCUGAUGCCGACGCCGACGCUGCCGACAACUCCGAUGACGACGGCGGCAAAAACUCCGAAGACGACGUGCUUCCUCGCCCCAAGGACGACGUCUCCGACGACGCCUCCGAUGGCAGUUCGAAGCCCCCGACCGAUGACUCGAGUGACGAUGACGACUUCCAGCGGGCCACGACGAAGACAUCGGGCAAGGGGAAAGGCAAGGUCGCGCCGGUCAGGAACACCCGCACGAACAAGAGGACCAAUGACGCGGUCCGCGACGAGAACGAUGGGGCGCCGAAUAAGACGGCGUCCAAGAAGGGCAAAGUCGCGGCGCGCCCGAAGCCCGGCGACAACGAUGAGGGUGCGCCCAAGAAGAUCACUGGCAAGGGCAAGGGUAGGGCGGUCGCGGAGCGCACCUCAGGUGUGCGCGGGUCCGGGGACGACGACAAGGAGAAGACGCAGACGGCCAAGGUCUCCGGUAAAAAAAAGGGCGGUAAGGGCAAGAGGGUGUCCUCCACGACCGAGAACCGGCACCAUCCCUCUCACGAGCUGGCCAAGGGGCUCGCUCAGAAAGCCGACAAGAGCACGGACAAGAAGCGUCCGCGCGGGUAA